GCCGGGGGGGCGCUCGGGAGUCGGACUUGCCUGUAAGUGUAGACACCCACUCGGUCCUCUAGAGUCGCAGAGAGAGUCGUCCGGAAGGGAAGGCGAGCGCAAGCAUGGCGGUGAACCUGAGCAAGAACGGGCCGGAGCUCACGGCCGCCUACCGGGAGGUGGUGGAUGAGAAGUCGGGCACCAACUGGGUGCUGUUCACCUAUGAGGGAAAUACCAAUGACAUCCGGCUGGCGGAGAAGGGAGAGGGAGGUCUGGAGGAGCUCGUGGAGGAGCUCAACAGUGGGAAGGUCAUGUAUGGCUUCUGCCGUGUCAAAGACCCAAACUCCGGACUGCCCAAAUACGUCCUUAUCAACUGGACUGGUGAAGGGGUCAAGGAUGCCAGGAAAGGGCAGUGUGCCAACCACGUGAGCACCAUAGCCAACUUCCUGAAGGGAGCCCACGUGACCGUCAAUGCCCGUGCGGAGGAGGAUGUGGAGCCGGAGUCCAUCAUGCAGAAGGUGGCUAAGGCAUCAGGGGCCAACUACAGUUUCCAUAAAGAGUCCAGCCGCUUCCGGGACACUGGCCCCCAGGGCCCUGUGGGCUCCGUCUACCAGAAGACCAAUGCCAUGUCCGAGAUCAAGAAGACCAACAAAGACAACUUCUGGGCUCAGACUGAGAAAGAUGAAGAGAAGCGGCAGGAGGAGGAGCGCAGGAAGGCAGAGCUGGAAAGGCAGCGACUGGACCAGGAACGCAAGGCCCGGGAGGCCAAGGAGGCCCAGGAGAGGGAGUGUCGCGACAAGAAACGGGCCAUUCAGAUUGAACAGCAAAAGAAAUUCCAGCAACAGCAGGAAGUGGAGAGCAGAGACCAGCAGAGAAACCAGUUGGAAGAGCAGGAGAAGGAGUUUCAGGCCUCUCAGAAGAAAGGCUUUAACCGUGGAGAAUCUGUAGCCAAAGCCAGUGAGGCAGCCUCUGUGAUCUCUCAGCGCUCGAUGAACCCCAGGGACCUGUUUCAACAGAGAGAGAGGGAUGCAACACCAGACAGCACCGCUGUCAGUUCCCAGCCAGGGCGGUUGCGUAGCCCCUUUCUCUCCAAGCAGCUCAGUGACUCUGAACCAUCAGGCUUGCCCCUGCACCAAGCUUCACCUUUGUGCCAAGCCUCACCAGAGCCGGCCCCGCUGAUCUCCUGUGUCACACCGCCAGAGCCCUGUAUGGAGGAGCCCCCCAGGAACCAGGCAGAAGCUGUUCCAGUAGAGUGCUGGAAAGAGACUCCCCCAGAGUUCCCUGCACAGGAGGGAGUGCCACAGGAGGAGGAAGACCUAUAUGAAUCUAUGCCAGAAGAUGCCGUUUAUGAGGAACCACCCCAGGCUGCAUCAGUGGAGGACAAUGCCACAGACCAGGGCAUCUGUGCGCGGGCACUCUACGAUUACCAGGCUGCUGAUGACACUGAGAUCUCCUUUGACCCUGACGAGAUCAUCACAGGGAUCGAGAUGAUUGAUGAGGGCUGGUGGCGAGGCUAUGCACCAGAUGGUAGCUUUGGAAUGUUCCCAGCCAACUACGUGGACCUCCUCUAAGGCUUGAGUCUCUCCCAAUGGCCGAGAGCCUCCGCCCCCCCACUCUGCAAAACAGAAAUUUGUGGGGCCACAAGCAAAGCCACAAACAUGCCUUAAGAACUGGUGUUAUUCCAAAAGUAUGAAUGAAUUAAAAAAGGGACCAUGGGAUUUUGUAACUAUGUUAAAUGAUUUUUUUUUUUUCCUUCUGUAUUAUUUGGGAUCAGCACUUCCACAGGAUCACAUGAGAUAUAAAGGAAAAGUUUGGUCUCAUUUGUAGGGAUGAGGAUGGAGGGCAGCAGUGCCACCUACAGGCUGUUUUAGCAAACCUUGUGUUACUAAGCAGCACUGAAUAGUGUAAAAUUAAAUGCUUUAACCACUCACCCCCUGCUCCUUUUCUGUGCUGUCAGAGCAGUGGAGCCAUAGUCGCAGAUCCAGUUUGUUUUUGAAUUUGAGGUGAUUUAAAAUGUUAUUGAAUUUUCUCUGUACCAGGCCUUGUUCCUCUUGGCCGAUGUGUCUUAGCUUAAAUUUUCCUAUCUACUGUUUCUAUUUUGACCGGAUAAUUAUUGAAACUUUGCUUAUGUUCAUUUACUACUUUUGUAUUCCUUUUAACCUUUUUAAAAAAAUUGGAAUGAGCAU